GUUUCAUCCGUGCGGCAGCGGCGCUCACGGAAACUCCGAAGGAAAGAGUCGCGACGAGGGAAGCCCUAGACCUUCGGCGCCCCUUAUCUCAAACUCGGACCGAGAAUGUGAGCCACUGGAACCACUAAUCGGCUCUUUAAUCUGCUUCCUGCCGUCGCCCGCCGCGUCCUGCUCGUUGCACGGCGAGCGCAUCACCCAGCGACGGCGAUGCUCUGAGGCACCGAGGGCUGUUUUCAUCGACCCGAAAACUCCGGUGGUCCCUCCAGGGUGGCGGCAGCCAUGACGCACGAGGGCUACCAGGUAUCCGUGGUGGCCGAGUGGUUCCACAUCGUGCCCCACGUCGACAUUGGUUUUGCUCCCGUCAACUCGACCUUCGACCCCAGCAGCAAUGUCUACCUCGAGAGCCUGGGCAUCUUGAUAGCGGUUCCGGGUUUCUGGCUCAUCCUGACGCUGCUGGCUUUCCUCAUCUUCUUCCUGUGCCGCUGCUGCGACUCUGGUCUCAAGAAAAAGCGCCGACUCACCCCGCUCAAGUGGACGCUGGCGCUGUUUGCACUGCUCUGCUGCGGUGCUCUCGCCCUGGGCCUGUUUGGCAAUGACCAGGCACACGGCGGAAUGGUGGCAGUGCAGAAGUCCACCCAAGACAUGGAGGAUAGCCUCAGCUCUAUGGGGAACCAGACGCGCUUCCUGGAUCGGUCCCUGGGGCAGAGCGCCCAGCAGGAGCUGUCCGGCCUGGCCCUGGCCCUGGCGGGGCCCUUGUCGGACCCCGCAGCACGCAACCUGCUGGACCGCUCCCUGGAGCUCAUGAAGGGCAAUCUGAGCGUUGGGGCCGCCCGGGCUCAGGAGCUGCACUCCCGGGUGGGCCACCUCACCCUCAGCCCCCUGCCCAGGGCCCUCCAGCUCGUCGAGCUAUUCCGGUGGCCCGCCACCAUCGGCCUGCUGUGUGUCCUCAUCCUGGUGUGCCUGCUCCUGCUGUGGGGCGUCAUCCGGCACUCGCGCUGCCUCCUCAUCCUGUUCUCCGUGCUGGGGCUGCUCUCUGUGGUGCUCUGCUGGGUCAUGGUCUCCCUUUACCUUGGCAUCUGCGUGGCCGGGUCAGACUUCUGCCUGGACCCGGAGCCGUUCCUGCAGAAGCAAUCCAGUGGGAUGCUGGACUCCGUGGUGCUCGGCUACUACCUCCACUGUGGGGACGACGUCACCAGCCCCUUCAUUGAGCCCCUGAGGGAUGCUCGGGGUGCGGUGGACGGACUCCAGACGCUGCUUGUGCCGGUCACCCACGUGGCUGACCGCUACUUCCCCCGCAAGGAGGUGCACUCCUUGCUGAGUCAGCUGGGACAGGAGCUGAACAGCACCCAGACUGUGCUGGCUCAGCUGGGACUCUUGCUGGACUGCCGCCACAUCCAUCAGCAGUACCGCAGUGCAAUGGGCGCCACCUGCACGGGGCUCUUGGAGGGCACGGCCUUCAUGCUGGCCUCCGCGGCCGGGGCGGGCCUCCUGUUCACGGUGCUCAUCUGGGUGGCCUCCCACACCUGGAUCCACAUCCGGCAGAGGAAUGGACGUUCCGCAAGCCGUGAGGAGCAGGCGUUCCUGCAGGCCAGGUACACGCCGCCCCCUACGCACCAUGACGGCGACCUGACGUGCGCCACCAAGUUUUGAGAGAGCAAACGCAAAGGGAAAGCCCUCGCUUUUUCUGACACUGACACACCCCUCCCGUGGGAAGAAGACCCCUUACUAUUAUCACCAUUCCUCGUCACCCAAUGUCUGUUCCGUCAGCGCGUUCGUAGGAGCAUCCUCCGAGUUCUGCCCAGCGCCGAAGGGUACAAGGCACACUUCCUUCCCAGCUUCAUCCAGCAGCAGCGCACUGAAGCCAUCAUUAGCGAAGCAAGCUACAAAAAAGUGGCCCCCAACCAUCAUCGGUUGAAAGGAACAUGUUGGGAUACCGGAAGACUAGAGGCCUGCUUGCUGCACUCACCGCAGUUCUCACCAGUCUUCAGCUUGGAGGAGCUAGACCUGACAAGCUAGGCCUAAGCAGCUAGGCCUAAGCAGCUAGGCCUAACAAACUAGGCCUAGUCUGCUGGGACUAACUCCAAGUCCUAAGUUGUUGAUUCAGCAUCUCCUCUGUGCUACGAAACGUGUGUGUGACCAAGUGGGACUUUUCCCUGCAGUGCCGCUGGAACUCAAGAACAAAUGGAUGCUCAUCCAACUUGGAUCCUCGAGUCCACGGUCCAAAUUUAACUCGUUGGUGUUUGCGAACAAACCACACAAACAUUCCGUGGGUGUUUUCUUUCUAUUUCUCAACCAUAUCCGUCAAUGCCACUUGUUUACUCUGUUUGUCUUCGGAAUGUUUGUUUGUCUUUUAGCCGAAAGGGGGGGGGGGGGGUGUAGGAGGGGGGGAAAGCCCACACCUAGUCAGUAGCGAACGUGUGCGGACAGGAAGCGGCCAUUUGAGCUCGAACUCUUAAGACUCGUUUCGAGGCACCGGUUGUGAACGACGUUGCCGCGUGUCUCGCACCUCACCUUUCCCGUUGUACGGUGGGAGCAUGGAUUGGUUUUCUGUUUUCUCGCUUCUGUCGGCGGCAGUCUGUUCUGCGCCAUGUAGCCUCAGUGCCGGUGCCGUCUGCUCGGGGUCACUAGAUGUUCUGGCUGCCCGCCACUUUCGGUCAAACCCUCGACGCCAUUUCUCAAGGAACCGUUGCACGGGAUCCAUAGCAGAAUGGCAUGGUCAGACAUGCCCACGAGCAACUACUUAAAUGUAAUUCGAUCAAAAAAUGCUCCCUGCUGGAGGUGUGACCACCCUCGGAAUGGUGUCACUGUAGCACUUUUCUCUGUAUAUCACCAUGUAUAGGUCUUACAAGGGGGGAACUUCCACACAAAUGCUCAAGUUCUGUACAUAUAUGUCGCGGCGACGAUGCAAACCUCGUUUUGUGGGACGAUUUUCGAGCGUUCGUGAGCUAGGGGUCCUGGGCUUGUGGUGCAAUCAGCAUUGGAAUUUGCGUAAACCGAAGCGUGCUAGUGGACCAAUCGCGUACCGGUCUUCUCCCCUUUGUUGCAUUUUAUUUCUCACGCGGUAUUGCCUAUGCUGUCGUGGCAACACAUUCCGAGCUUUUUGCCGUUCCUUGUUUUGUCGUCGUUUAUCGCAGCGCGACAAUCUGAAGCCACAACAUUCUUUUGAUGAGAUUGUCACAAGCGCAACGACGCACCCUUUUACGUCGCAACUUGACGUCGAGAUUGAAGACAUUCUCAUUUAUUUUAACGAUUCAUUUUAGGUUGUUACUUCUACAUGCUACGACCAGGAAACCACACCAUUCCUCAAGUUUUCGUUAUGUUUGUGGAAAGAAUGACAGACUGGAAAAUUGCGCGAGGCUUCUUGGAAACUGCACAUUGCUCCAUGCAGUCGACUCGUACGCUCCCUUCGUUCUGCGAGCUGUGCAAUCCCUUCUGUUUUACCAUUGCGAAUUCAGAGCACAAAGAAAACAGAAUGAGCAUGUAACAGAGCAUACGCUUACACCGUUUAUUUAUCUCUUUAUUUGUGUUAUAGAGUCGCAAAAUAGCUGACCAGCACGAACCGCUUUGGAUUGCCCUAAUGCGUCGGGAAGAUGGCAGGGACACUGCAUAUUUCCAAAAUUGUCUUUUGCCAGGUUGUGUUCGAUCUGUAAUCCUUGUGACAGCUCAUGGUCUUUUGGGGGGCACAUAUGUUGGGGUUGACAAAGAUGGCGCUUACACUGUAAAGUUGUCCGUUUUACUGUCGGACGUCCAUCGACGUGCACAUCCCUUACAGCAAGGUUCAGCUGCCACACACGUUCCAUUACAGCCUCUUCGAGAGGAAAACAAAGGAAGCGGUGUUUGCCAACACAGUUGUUUUUGCGGUAGCCAAAGUGUGCGUGAUGAGAGUGUGUGUGUGUGUCGUGGUCGCUCAACAUCUGUGCUCUGUGCCGUGAACACUCCUCGGGCACGUUGCGAAUCACGCUUCCUUCCACGCACAUGCCCACCGUGCCACCCCCACCGUGGUUUUGUCUGUGCAUUUGUUUGUCUCUGUAUCUGUGUCCAAAGCAAAGUCCCUUGGCCGAAACCCGCGCUUCGUUCACCCUCGCGAGCGUUUGUUUUGCUUAAACAUUUUUGACGUCGGGUUACAGACAAAAUCUGUCCGUGUUCCAAAGCGGCUCUUCAACAAGGACAACGGUCUUGAUAUUCCAGAAACUUUCCUCUCUCCACGUGGUUCGGCGGAAUGCAAAACAUGGUCUGGCAACGUGCGAUAUGCCCAUUCGUCUGCUACGAGUGUGCAUGUCGCACCCUUGCGAAUACAGAAGGCACCUCCUUGUUUCCGCAGAUGCGACGCUUCAAUCUGAAUUUACCUUUUUCCGAUUCCCUCUGUCGUAGAGAAGCUAUUCGCGACUAGAUGUACGUGGCCGCUUUUUCCACGCUUUGCAUUCCGGCUGCCCCAAAAUCGGGAAAGAAAAUUUCUAGGGUGGGAGUUCAUUCGGUGCCGUAAAGUCCGGCUACAACAUCGAAGACUUUGAGAAACGAGGGGAAACUCGGUGCUAGGGGCGCCACGUUGCAGUGGAAACUGCACCUUAAAGCGUUGUCCCUAAUGGCACUGGUACCUUUCUUGGGUGACCCUCCUAAAUGUGGCAUCUGGUACUGCUGUAGAAAAAAUGCCCACAAUGAAGCGACCAUCCACUGCAGCGGCAACUGCCAAAGUCUUGCAACCAUGGGAACCGUUUGCAGACGACUUUUUAAAGGGAACGAAAGUCUAGCCGUGGACCAUACACACAGCCAGUGCUGCCCAUAAAGCCGGCCGAACAAACAAUCUACGGCUUUUUUUCUCGACCCGCGCAAAAGGCGAGACCAUGUUUCCUACCGUUGGUACACCUAGCAGUUUUGUGGAAAAAGUAGCCAAACGAAUAAAAACCGCUUAUCCAA